GAAGUUUCACCUGUGACUCCGUCAUCCUGGCGGUGUGCCUCAGAUCCCAACAGUCAAACCUUCCUGGCAUCGCAUACCUGCGUACUCUCCUGCAGACUCUCCAGAACUUUCCCGGACCGCACAGACCCUCCAGACCCAGACCCAGACCCAGACCCAGCAGCAUGGCGGGCAUCGCGAGUACCCUGCAGCACCGCCGGGACAUGGACCGGGGCAUCGGCUCGUGCAGCCAGGCGGUGAAGUACCUGAACCAGGACUACGAGACUCUGCGGCAGUGCUGCUUCGACACCGGCCGCCUGUUCCAGGACGACACGUUCCCGGCGAUAAGCUCCUCCCUGGGCUUCAAGGACCUGGGUCCGGGAUCCUACAAGGUCCGGGGGGUGUCCUGGCAGAGACCCACGGAGUUGACCAGUGACCCUGAGUUCAUCGUCUCUGGAGCCAGCAGGACCGACAUCUGCCAGGGAGCUCUGGGUGACUGCUGGCUGCUCGCUGCCAUCGCCUCCCUGACGCUGAACGAGGAGGUUCUGGCUCGAGUCGUCCCACACGGACAGAGCUUCAGGGACGGAGAGUAUGCGGGCAUCUUCCACUUCCAGUUCUGGCAGUUCGGGGAGUGGGUGGACGUAGUGAUCGAUGACCGUCUGCCGGCCAGAGACGGAGAGCUGUUGUUUGUCCACUCAGCGGAAGGGAGGGAGUUCUGGAGCGCCCUGCUGGAGAAGGCCUACGCCAAGUUGAAUGGCUGUUAUGAGGCUCUGUCUGGAGGAUCCACCACGGAGGGUUUCGAAGAUUUCACCGGAGGAAUCGCUGAGGUCCACGAGCUGGCUCGACCUGAUCCACAUCUGUUCCACAUCAUCCAGAAAGCGCAGUGCCGCGGGUCACUGAUGGGCUGCUCCAUAGACAUCACGAGCUCAGCCGACUCGGAGGCUGUCACCCAUCAGAAGCUGGUGAAAGGCCACGCCUACUCUGUGACAGGGGCAGCUGUGGUGGAAUACCACGGCGACAUGGAGAAGCUGAUCCGGAUCAGAAACCCAUGGGGUCAGGUGGAGUGGACCGGAGCCUGGAGCGACAACUCGUCUGAGUGGCGUUACGUCAGCGAUGAGGACAGAGAGCGUCUGAGUCAUCGCUCAGAGGACGGAGAGUUCUGGAUGUCUUUCAAUGACUUCCUGAGACAUUACUCCCGGCUGGAGAUCUGUAACCUGACGCCUGACGCCCUGAGCGAUGACUCCAUCUCUAAGUGGGCUCUGUCCAAGUUCGACGGCAGCUGGAGGAGAGGAUCCACCGCUGGAGGCUGCAGGAACUAUCCCAACACAUUUUGGACGAACCCUCAGUUUGUGAUCAAGCUUGAUGAGGAGGACGAUGACCCGGACGAUGGAGAGGAAGGCUGCAGCUUAGUGGUCGGUCUGAUCCAGAAGAACCGCAGACGCAUGAGGAAGAUGGGAGAGGACAUGCAAACGGUUGGAUUCGCCAUCUAUGAGGUUCCUGAUGAGUUCUCUGGUCAGAGGAACAUCCACCUGAACAGAAACUUCUUCCUGCGUCACGCCUCCGCCGCUCGUUCUGAAACCUUCAUCAACCUGAGAGAAGUGUCCAGCCGCUUCGUUUUGCCGCCUGGCGAGUAUAUAAUCGUCCCGUCCACCUUCGAGCCGCAGAAGAACGGAGACUUCUGUGUGCGAGUCUUCUCAGAGAAACAGGCUGACUUCCAAGAGCUGGACGACCCCAUCGAGUGCCGAGUGGAGAAGAUCGAGAUCGAUGAGGGAGAUGUGGACAGUCGCUUCAGAAGUCUGUUUGGACAGCUGGCAGGAGGGGACUGUGAGAUCUCAGCCUUCGAACUGCAGAGGAUCCUCAACAAAGUGGUGACCAAACGUCAAGACAUCCAGACGAGCGGCUUCUGCCUCACGACGUGUCGUAACAUGAUCAACAUGCUGGAUAAGGAUGGCAGCGGUAAACUGGGUGUGGUGGAGUUCAAAGUGCUGUGGACUAAAAUCGAGAACUACCUGAAAAUUUACAGAGAAAAGGAUGUGGACAAUACGGGGACAAUGAGCUCAGCUGAGAUGAGGAUGGCUGUGGAGGAAGCAGGUUUCAGUCUCAACAACCCGCUCCAUCAGGUCCUGGUGGCUCGUUACAGUGAACCAGAUCUCACCAUCGACUUCGACAACUUCGUCAGUUGUUUGGUUCGUCUGGAGAACAUGUUCAACUUGUUUGACUCCUUCAACAAAGAUGACUCAGGAAACAUUCAGCUCAGCCUGUUGGAGUGGCUGAACGUGUCUCUGCUCUGAGGAACCAGGACCAGGCUGAUCCCGGACCUGAUCCCAGACUGGAGCUGAAACACUGGAGUCUGGUUCAUAUAUUCUACAGUAAUCACGAGGGAGAGGGAUGUUAAAGACACAGAGACAAACUGGUCAUUUCUUAUUACUUCAUUAACAUGUAAUCAGUUUAUUACUCGCUGUUAUAAUCACAUGUUUAUUAGUGUUUACACAGCUGUUAAUUCUCAAAGCAGACAUUAAUAAACAACUACAUUAUGGUCUGUUAUUCAUCAGUUAUUACAUGUUGGGAUUGCUUCUAUUUAUGGUUAGAUGUGUUCUGAUUGGUCCAGCAGAUUGUUUCUAUACUUCAUCAUUAGGUCAUUUAUUGUUUUGUGUUUGCUAGAAAAGCUGCUUCACACCGGAUGCCUUAAUAACACCUGUGU